GCACUGCUUGCAGCCGUGCUGGAUAUUUUAUCUACUACAUGUAGUGAAACUUGUAAUGGAAUGAGCAGAUAGUUAGCUAGUUGUUACUUUUUGCACUUGGUUUUAUGUGAGCAAGCGUCAACCAUCCAGCAUUAGCAUCCUUUGAUCACCACAAAAUGCAUGUUACAAUGGCACGCAUGAAUUGGUCUUCCUUAAGAUGCUUAGUGCUACAGCUGUUGGUGGUAUCUUUCUCUUCCAAAUAUCCAACAACAGCGGCGUCCUCUGACUAUACAAGCACAUAUGUUCGACAAAGACGUCGCCUGAACCCUAAUAACAAUACAACCGCUUGUCCCGUUGUAGACCCUAAUACGUUCAGCAUCAGCCAAGAACUGGCGCAACAAUUCAAGGUGGCCGCCGAGUUAAGCAUACUGGUGAGGUCGAGAUAUCGGGGUGCAUCGAUACCCAGAUCCCUGGCGGAAAGGAACGCUACGAACGCUUCGAUGGAUGGUGGACACUCUCGGACCAAGCCGUGGUGGCCAAGGACAAUGGUGUCUGCUACGCCGUUUACAUGGGCACCGAUCCCUGCAAUCUAUUCGACCAGUUCCAGAACAUUUGGCCCUUCAGCACCUGCGUCCCCAACAGCGACUGCGCGGUCCGAUCGGGAUACUACAACGCCUACUACAACAGCUACUACAAAAAAAUGAGACACGCCGUCACGAGUUGCGUCGAAUCCUGUGGUGCGGGAGUCCAGUGUCCCCUGAUCCUGCACGGCCACAGCCAAGGCGGAAGCAUCGCCACCAUUGCCUCGAUCGAUCUGCGAGAAUACAAUCCCAUCACCAUGACCUUUGGCACGCCCCGAGCCAUCCUCAAGAGCGAUGCUUGCACUCCCUGUAACAUCUUGGACACUUCCCGUCACUACCGGUUCAUCAACACCAUCGACGGUCGCUAUGACGAGCGAGUCAUGAACAACCUGUUUUGCAACUACCGGCAGGUGGGAAACGCCAUUCUAUUGGACAACGACAACUCACCCACCAUUGCCACGGUCGGCCUGGACAACGACCUGAUCCGCAGUCCAACCGACGUGGGGAUCCACGACCAACUCAUCUACACGGAGCGCAUCAACGCCAUCGCCGAUCCGGGCUGCUUCCCCAUUCCCCUCACCAACUGGCCCGCGGGACACUGGUGCAGCGAAGGUGACGAGUGCGCGAGCGGGAACUGUCAAGACCGUCUGGUUUGUGUGUAACCUAGAACUAGAACUAGUUAGUCACUUGCACUA